AAGUCUCCAUACGAGCCAAGUGACCAUCAGGCCGGAGCUUAUCCGGUUUCCGUGGAGCGAGCCUUAGAUAAAGAACAGUGUUAUAGGUAACAUAAGUCUCAGUUAUCUUCUUCCUUGUAUGAUUCAGAGAAAGACYGAAAAUUAUUCGAAUUUGCGAUACUUUUUUUAGCGAAUCYUAUGUAUAGCGUUACAAAUUAAAUGUAUCGUGAGGUUGACGUGACGAAACCCAGAGAGAACAUUUCUACACAAACAAAACUACCCACUGUCAGAAACACGAGACAAUGCAGUUCGGAAAUGCCAAGGCAACCUAUGUUCUUGUAGUACAAGCGUCCACAACGCCUUCGUGACAACUUGUCAUCGUGCCAUAUAGACAGAUUUAGGUUUGUCAGGCAAGGGGAACGGAGAGGAGGGGAGGAGAGGAGGGGGGAGGGGUAAAGUUCGUGGUGAGCAUUUGAAAUUCUGCGCAGGAGGCUGACUUGGUAAGCGAUCCGGUUCAGUUUGAGUGCUUCUUUCUCAGAAGCAAGUCUUAGCCAGCCAAAAGUUUUUCUUUCGGCCAUAAAAUGUGAGAAUACUCCUGCAAUGUAGUUCGGCCAUUGUAGUUUUUCCAGUAUUAGGCAUGUUUGCAUGGUAAAAUCUAAGUUGCAACUGUCUGUUUUAUACAGGCUUUUUAAACUGUUUAUUUUUUUUAGAAGGAAUGACCAUUUUAGCGCGGUAGGAAAAUAAAAAGUCUAUGGACUUAUCCGCUUAGUAAAGGGAGUUAAGAAUAAAAAUUACUGGAACUCUGACAGACUGAAUACAACAUACAACUGGCAAACGAGAAUUCAUUGUGUCUUGUUAUAUGCAGAUAACCCUGUCUUGCUACAUGCAGGGUAACUCUGCGAUGGACUAGCAUCCCACCCAGGCGGAGAGGAAAUACUCCUAGUCGCUUCAUGCUACUGGAAUCGGGAUAAACUACGGCCUGAUGAGCCCUUGGCUCGUAUGCAUACUUUACCUUUACCAUAUGCAGAUUUUGUAUUCCCAGUUGGAGUUGACAUGUACAUACAACUGUUCAAAUCUACAUUUGAAUGGUAAACGACUUGCGUGCUUGAUACAGCAAAUAAUAUCGACAAGUCAAUAAUGCGGCGAGGUAGUGUUAAUCAAUCUUGCUUUAGUAGUUUACGAAAACUUCCUACUCACUGUAGAAUCUGAUUUUCUUUUUCCUCCACUGAUCGCCACCCGAUCAAAUCAGUUGGGCAGUAUUUUAUCCGUACGCUUCGAGCUAAUUCCGUCCGUGAAAACCAAAGUCACUGUACAGUCAUCAAAACAAUUGUAUUCAAUUGCCCUUUUUGUCACCCCUGUGGAUGUUCAAUUUAAUUUUCUCUCAAUUAAUUUUAAUACGAAAAGAGACCUUACUAAAGAGAAAUCGGCUCAUAAUUGAAUUUCGUUUCUCAGUUUAUAAACAUUUCAUCGUUUCACGUUUUUCAAUAACCGACCGACUUUUAAAUAGUGCGUUUUAAUUACAUUUGACCAUAUAAGGUUUAUUCAGUUUUACACGAUAAUUAGCAUAAGAUUGGGUCUUUUCGAUCGGUUUUCCGGUCUAAAGAUAUCGAUUAUGUAUGAUGUGGAGAAAUUGUGAUUCGUCCUUGCGCUAUUGAAAUAAGACACAAUUCCCACAAGGCUUUAGUUGUACGCAUAGACAACAUCAAAAAAUUGAGACGAGAGAUCACACACUUCCAAGUCAACAAAAGGAAACUCAGUUAUUCAAAGGCUGGGAUUUCAUUUCCGAAGCUGUUCCAUUUGAAGGUCGCUGUAAAAGUAUCAAGCUCAAUCAUGUUUGAAGAAUUGGCAUGGCUCAUUUUGGCGGUUAUUCUUGUAACACUGGUCAUGAAUCACUUCGCUGCAAACAGAAAUCUACCUCCAGGGCCGUUUCCUUUACCGAUUAUUGGAAACGCGCACAAAUUGGUCGGCGAUUCACGCCAUCUUGAUCUCGUGGAAUUAGAAAAACAAUAUGGCAAAGUGUUUCGGUUAUACCUCGGCAGCCAGCUCGUGGUAUUCGUCAGUGGUGGAAAUGCUCUUAAGGAGGUCCUCGUUACAAAAUCUGCCGAGUUCGCUGGACGUCCGAGUCUCUACACUACGCACAUUUUCUCAAAAGGAAGGGCAAUCAUUUUAGCGGAUUAUUCUCCGGAGUGGAGGCUUCGCCGCAAGGUUGCUUCCUCUGCGCUCAAAGCAUACAGCAACGGCAAGCUUAAGCGAGGAACUGUCAUUAAUGAUGAAUUUGACCUGCUCUUGAAGCGAGUCCGCUCCAGAAAUGGACAACCACACGACAUCACUAAAGAGAUUCGACUGGCCGUGAUGAAUGUGAUUUGUGCUUUGGUGUUUGGCUCGAGAUACGAGCUGGAUGAUCCCGAGUUUACGAAGUUUAUGGAAAUCACCAACACAGUAGCGAGUGUGAUCGCGGCGGGAAGUGUUGUGGACGUGUUUCCAUGGCUGUGGUUUAUUCCCUUCAAGUCUAUUGAGAAGCUAAAAAAGAAAUGCCGAGAACGAGACGAGCUGGUUGGCAGAAUUUGUCGAGAACAUGUGAAGGCGAAUAGAAUUGAUAAUCCUCAAGAUCUGACAGACGCGCUGUUGAAGGCAAAGAAAGAAGCCGAGGAUGAGGAUUCAUCUGUCAGGGAGUUCCUGACAGACGAGAAUCUCAUCAUGACCAUGGCUGAGGUCUUUAUGGCCGGAUUGGAAACCACUGCCAGCACCCUGUGUUGGGCAUUAUUGUACCUGAUUCACAACCCAGAAGUCCAGCAGAUGUUGCAUCAAGAGUUAGAUCAAGUCACUGGUCCAGAACGGUUGCCAGAAUUGGAGGAUAAGAAGAAUCUGCCAUAUUUGGAAGCCACCAUAACUGAGACCCUUCGUCUCUCGUCUCUUGUCCCUCUGUCGGUUCCUCAUAAAACGACCGUGGACACCACUCUGCAGGGAUAUGCUAUUCCUAAGGGCACCACAAUCCUAAUGAAUCUAUGGUCCCUCCACCACGACCCAGAGAUUUGGGAUGACCCGGACGCCUUCAGGCCUGAAAGAUUCCUGGACGAGGAAGGUAAUUUUGUGCCUCCAAAAGCUGACCGUUUCCUUCCGUUCUCGGCUGGACGUCGAGUUUGCUUGGGGGAGUCUUUGGCACGGCUUGAGCUCUUCCUGGUGUUUGCACGCUUGCUUCACAGCUUCAAGUUCGAGAAUCCACCAGGCCGCGAUCUUCCAACUUUGAAACCCAUCAAUGGCAUUGUUUUAAUGCCUGAGCCGUUCAGCCUCUGUGCCCUGAAGAGAGAUGUUAUGUAACAUUCCCUAUCAUGUGACUUUCUCUAUCAUGUGACUUGCCCUAUUAUGUAGAGUCAGACUACGCCAGAUUAAUUUAGUUCAUAUCUCGUUCUAACUGAAUUUAAACUAUUCUUAUUAGGGUUGCAAGUAUUAUUUGGUUAUUUUCCUCCUUUGGCUAAAUCCUGUUGUGUGGGAGUGGUAAAGUCCUACUGUAGUUGCCUUAGGUAAAUCCUGUAUUUGUAGGUAACAAAUCCACUACCUUUAAGGGUUAUUCCUAUAAUUUCCUCGAAUCCGUAAUAAAUUUACAAUCAUUUGCUCAGCAAAUUCUGAUUUUGAUUCAGCCAGUAGAUCUUAGCAGCAGCAAAAGCAAGAUCUCGAGUUAAGUAUUGGUUUAGUUCUCAAUCCCCCUCGCGGUUGCCGUUUCCGUUUGUUUGGUCGUUCAUUGUGAAUUAACUUGAAACUCUUAUACUCAUGUCUGUCGUCAUGCUUAGCCGCGGAAAUAUAAGAAAUAUGUGUGAACAGAUAAAACUGAUGUAGGUUUUGCAUCGUGGUUUGCUUCAGCACGAAAUAAUAUUUGUUUCCCCCGUUUUCUGCUUCUGGGUUUUAUUUUUAGAUGAUUAGCUGUGUUGCUCAGAACCAGGGCCGGGUUGUUCGGAAGCCGGUUAACGCUAACCCUGGAUUAAAGGUUAACCGAAGUAUAAAUUUUUCUUGUAUGCAAAUGUUUUUCACUGCUUUUGUUUUGUGUAACAUAACCAGUCAAAUUGAUUUCAGAAAUUUUCAGUGGCGUCGCAUGCUAUUGUGAAUUAUUAAUACUCACGACGUUUAGGGGUUCCUAGAAUCUUCCUCCCAAUCCUUACGUAGCGUAAAAAUGAUCUCGAAGAUACGAAAAUCGAGUCAAGCCUUAUUAGUAAACACGAAAAACUUCUACUCCCACUUGUCAUCAUGCCUACGUCGACCGAUUUGGAGU